AUGGAUUUCACUCCGAACCAAUGCAUUAACAAUUUAAAUUUGGAAUUGGAUGAAAGCCCUCACGUUGAGGAGUUCUCCAACGAUGAUUUGGCGGAACAAUUGAACAUGUUCAGCAAUCCUUAUUUCUUUGACUUUGAACCUGUUAAUUUGUUUCCUCACAACUUUUACAGAUCUGUACCUCAAAAGGUAAAUAGCAACUCUUCAACGGUUCCGCCCAAAUAUAAAACCCAACCUCAACAUGCUGCUCCGUCAUCACAAUUUACGACUUCCUCUAAUGUCCCUGCGUCAGCUAUUCCCAAGAGAGAACCUUUGGAAAAUGCUGACGUUUCCGCUAAACUUUCUCAAGAAGACAAUCAAAAUCCCUACUUGACUACUGAGAAUCUGGAAUUGUUUAAAGCUUCAAAGGUAAUGCAAAUGCAAGGCAAGAAUUCACCUGCUUUGUUUCCUCUAUCUAAUCCCACUGCAUUCUUGGAGUCUGAUGCUCCUCAAAACCAGCAAAAGGUCCCUUCUCAUCCUUCUGUAGCCUAUAAGCGCCCUAGUGAUUCUUCUUCUUUGGAUUUAUCUUCCUCGUCUGCUGGUAACGAAGAACCAGCUGCCUCUACUUCUACUGGCAAGCGAAACUCUGCUUCUGCCCAAUUGGCUGACCUCUCACAAUUUGAUGCCAUAACAGAACAAGCUUCAGUUCCUUCAACUCCCAUUGCUAUCUCUGCACCUAUGAAUAAGCGUCCCAGGACCGACUCUUCCGAUGCAGCCAUUCGUAAUGCUGCAGAAGAGGAUAAGCGUCGAAGAAAUACGGCUGCUAGUGCAAGGUUCCGUAUCAAGAAAAAGCAAAAGGAACAGCAAUUAGAACGUACUGCAAACGAGCUCUCUGAUAAAGUCGUUACGUUGGAAUCUCGAAUUGGUGAGUUGGAAAUGGAAAACAACUGGUUGAAGGGACUUAUUCGUCCAGCUACGAACUUUUAA